AUGGGUUUGGCUGAUGCAAUUGAAAGACUUAAGAACAUCGUCUACUCGAAGUCCUCUAAGGAUCGUUCAGAAUUCGGCAGCAACUCCCGGGGUUUUGAAAAUUAUGAUCCCACGAGAUUUUAUUAUAUGAAUUGUGGUGAUAAUGGAUCGUAUGUCGACGUCGAGUGUAUCGCUACUGAAGAGUUUAUUCGCGUUUAUGGUGUGGACUUCGACAUGCAAUGUUCUGAUUUCCUCGUUCGACUUUGUUCAUUAUGUGGCUUAGAAGCAGUGGAUUACACUUUCUUAGUUCCUUGCGAGGGCCUUUCUGGAGUUUCAGGCAUCUUUUGGCUUUCUGCUCCUUCGAGGAGUAGGCUUGGCCAUUGGGUUAAUUCUGAUACAACUCAAACAACGCUACCAUCUAUGGUUAGGCUCAUUGCUAAAUGCUGUUUCAAGAAGUCUGCUAAGCUUUAUCAGUAUCCAUUCCUUGACACGAAGUUCAAAUACCCUAUUACACUCCUAAAAACGGGGAGAGAAUUUUUAAAUGAACUGGGACAUCGGAUUACUGUGCAUUUACCAGAAGACUGCACAAUUGUCGUUCGUGGACAUUUGGAUCAACCUAUUAGUAAAGUACUUCAAAAAGUGUCUUCGGAGCGUCAUGUUCAAUUAAGCAACUACUACAUUACUGAUCCCCAAAAGGGAACGAUUUUAGAUCCAAAAGAUACAUUCUUAAAUCAAAAUGCAGAUCAAAUUGAACUUAAAGAACGAAAAGUUAAAUCUAGCAAGAACUCAAAGUCACACAAAAAGAGUCAAAAUGAUGACUCUCUGAUAUCUAAUUUGGAAGUGGAAAUCUCUACUGAAAGUAAGCAUAAGAGGCGUCCAGCACCAAGUGUACCUGCUAAACAACAAAUAACUCAUCGACAUUUAUCACCUUUUGCCGAUGUACCUGACAAGGUACAGUCUUCUAGUUGUGUAACACUACCAAGUAAGAAAAAUGAUAAUAAAAAAUUGGACGAUAAACGAAAUUCAGUCGUUGGAUCUCAGGCAAAUAGGGACUCAAUUAGUAACUGCUCUCAAGAAUUACGGAGUAAAUCAUUCAUUGUGAAAGAUAAAUCAAAUUCACACAAGCGUAAAUCAUCUACCAUGGUGAAUUCAAAUACAAAGAAGGAAUCCGAGAAAAAAUAUCGUUCUCCUGCACCACCACCACCACCACCACCACCACCACAAAUACUUCCAAGUCUCAAUAAACCUGUUAAUGGUAAUGAUCCAAACAUGCCCAAGUCAACACAUAAAGAUUCUCGUAAAUCUGAUUCGCACUUGCUUAAAACGGAUAGUCGCCUAGAUGAUGAAUUCAUAAAAGAAGGCCGCAAAUCAAAUAAAGGCUCAGCGCCCAAAAAUCAUUCUCAAGAAAUAGUUACAAAGCCAAGUGUUGUCGAUGUUGUGAACAAUCAAUCAAAUUCUCAUGAGUGUAAACCAUCUACCACAAUGACGUCCAUUACAAAGAAGGAAUCUGAGAAAGAAUGUCGUUCUGCAAUACCACCGCCACCUCCACCUCCCCCAACACCACCUCCUCCACCUGCUCCAUCGUCUUUACAACGGGACUCCACUAUACGUGCUAAUUAUUCGGAUCCAUCACUUAAAGAUUCAGAUUCAGGAGUGGAACCUACCAAAAGAUUAUCAUCAACAAUUUCAACUAAUCCUAAAAAUAAUUUACAAUCUCCUAGUGUAGAAAUGCUUACAGAAUUGACAAAUGCUUUCAAAUCUUUAAGAAAAACUAACAGUAUAAUGGAUGGUGAAAAUGUAGACUUUUCAAAAAAACUUCCGGUAAAUCGAGGUAAACUUAUUUCAGCUAUUCGACAAAAUCCACCUGAUAAUUCAAAUAAUGCACAUGAUAAAUCGAACAAUGUAAUGCCAUCGGUUAUAGAAUCUGAUGAUUGUUGUUCUGAAUCUGAGAAAGAAUGUCGUUCUGCAAUACCACCGCCACCUCCACCUCCACCACCACCACCUCCACCAGCUCCAUCGUCUUUACAACGGAACUCCACUAUGCGUGCUAAUUAUUCGGAUCCAUCACUUAAAGAUUCAGGAGUGAAACCUGUCAGAAGAUUAUCAACAACAGUUUCAUUUAAUUAUAAACAUAAUUUAAAAUCUCCCAGUAUAGAAAUGCUUACGGAAUUGACAGAUGCUUUCAAGUCUUUAAAAAAAUCUACGAACAUAAUGGAUGCCAAGAAUGUAGAUUUUUCGAAAAAACUUCCUGUACAUCGAGGCAGAAUUAAGUCAGCUAUUCGACAAAAUCCACCUGAUAAUUCAAAUAAUGCACAUGAUAAAUCGAACAAUGUAAUGCCAUCGGUUAUAGAAUCCGAUGAUUGUUGUUCUGUGGACACAUCGUCGUAA